UUCUGUGGGGCAUUUCAUAUGCUCUUCUUGCCGUCCCAAGCUCGUGCGCAACAAUUGUCACUUAUGCUCUGCUGAAACUACCUUCAAGCGCUGUUUAGGGAUGGAACGUCUCAUGGAAUCAGUCAUGGUCCCUUGCUCCAAUGCAAAAUAUGGAUGCGCAGAGAAGCUCACCUACUACCAGAAAGAAGAGCACGAGAAGGCAUGCCCGAGCGCCCCAUGUUUCUGCCCGGUGUCCAGCUGCAGCUUUGCAGGGCCAACAGACGCCCUCCUUGAACAUUCCGCCUCCCAGCACAAGUGGCCGUGUACAACCAUCAAAUACUCCGAAGAUGUUAACUUCAGCCUAGAACCAGGUCUACAUUUUCUUCGUAUCAAAGACAGGGAAAUUUUCCUGCUCAAUGUGGCACUAGAGGCAUUCGGGCAUGCCAUCUCUGUCGUCUGCAUCCAACCUAAAGCUACAAACUCCAAGUUCAAGUGUAGGAUGUCCUAUGGUUCCUUUUUGACAGACUAUUAUCAGAUAUCAGUUUACAAGAUACGAAGCUCAUCGUUGUCUGAUGGGCUACCGAAGGGAUACAACUUAAUUCUGCCCAAAGAUGAGAUAGCUGAUGAUGGAAAGGGUACCUUGCUUACGUUCUCCAUUGAUGAUCCUAAUCCUAAAGUAAAGGCGUGUGAGCCCAUAUGUCUGAAACCAGUACGUGUCAUGGACCAAAGUUGCUCAGUGUUUCAAAUGCUCUUUGUAACAAGUGAAAUGGGUUACGUUGAUCAUACACCGGAAAGGACCAAACUGCCUCUAAGGCUACCUAGUUAUUCAUCGAUUUUGACCAAGCCGCACAUCCGCUCGACGUCGCUAAGAGCACCACCUGCUCGUGCGGCAUGCCCGGCCGCUGCCGCCUCUUCUUUAUGUGUUUGA